AAAAAAACCAGACUGACUGUUUUCAUUGACUGUUCCUCUCCCCAAUAAACGGAGAAAGGUUGAUUUCGACGCGAUUGAGGUGAAUAUAUGAGAUGAGGUUUACCAUCAUUGUCGCCAUCGCAGCCGGCAUUGCGGGAUGCUGCCAGGCAGGACCACCGAUCCUCCCACCAGGAACACGGGAACCGCCGAAAACCACCUGUAAGGGAACUCCAACUGGAGAAUCAGAACAAGAGUUCCAGCUUGACGAGAAAUGGUCCGAGAUCAGAGAUGCGGUCUUCCCGCAUACGUGUCAAUGCCGCAUUGCAAGUGAUCUUUAUUGGAGGGCGAGCGACAACGCAAUCUCCUUCUGUCAACUGCAAGGGUGUCGCGCGUACACAGACAGUGGAGAAGAGUUUGUACCACCGAACGAGAACCAACAUGGAUGUAACUGCACUCCCGGAGGAGGCCCACGUAUUGCAGAUGCCCCGUCAUAUUUGUACGGUUGUGGUGCAGGUUUUUUUGAGGAGGUGAUCACUUCCGAAGAGCAAGAGGAAGAAGAAACUGUGAAGGACUAGCCCAACGCAUUCAUCAAAUUUGUAAUACAUGUACGCCGGCUACAAGGACUGAUCACUGGCACGUCAAGUAUACUUAAGUGACGCUGUACUUCUCUCCAUACUAUCAGAGUCUUUCAGUAAACUCUGAUAAGGCCUACUAUGCUCCAUUUAACGAAAGAAAUGGCACCGCACGCAAAACAAGCCAAACAAAGUCUGGAAGAUUUGUCUGGGUUUUUUGCUUCAAAUGACCCGUUCAUGCUAUGUCCGAUUUUGGCUCAAUAAGUAUUUGAGGUACAUUUUGUACUUCGUACUCUGCAGUUUCAGAUGAAAUAUGACAUUGUGAUCAACUACUUUAUUUUCUGUGCGAAAUCACCGAAAUCAAAGUGCCAUUUUAUUUCGUGAAAUGAAUUAUCUUUAGUAUCUUAGUAGCUUAAUCGGAUCAUGUCUGUCGCUUACAUGUAAACGCACAUUCCUUAGUCUUCCUCGCUCUAGCAGGCAUGGCUAAGUGAUUGUUGAGAAAAAGAUUUUGUGCUGAAAUAAACGUAUCU